AUGAAGACCUCCACGAUCCUCCUCUGUCUCGCUCCGACGAUAGCCCUCGCCGUCGAGGCCGAUCCUCAAAUACCUCCCGCUGUGUCUCCUACGCCGUCCCUCCCCAAUGCCAACCCGCCCGCCCCGUUGCCUGAGAUCCCGAUGCCGUCGAAUGCAGAGCAACAUGCGGAGUUACGGAAGAUUCGCACGCUGCUAGAGGUUCAAGAUAAUACAGAUGCGACACGGGUGCAGGAUCAACUGCCCGAACCAGCGAGCGGGAGAAUCGGCCUGGCCGCAACGACAGGGGAAACCAAAGCGUUGCGCGCACGCAGUGAAGGCACACUCGGACAAACACCAUGGAUUGGCAUGGCCAUUGGAUUGACCUGUACGGCAUUGGCAGCAGUGAUGCUGGGGUGA